AUGAACAGAACUAGGUUUAUAUCGAAAAAGAAACAAAACCAUGUGAAACAUGCUAAGAAACAACCGAUUACUCAAGAUGACUAUUAUAUAGAAGCAACAGAAUUAGAAGAACAAGCUGAAAGGUGGCAACUAUCAGACUUGAAGAAAACUUUAAGAUUUUACAUAAAGGCUAUGGAAUUUUACGAUUAUGCGUUGAGUCAAGCUCCUGAUAAGACGACUAUGGGAUCAUUCGAGGUAUAUUACAACAAAACAAGAUUAUUAUUGAAGAUAUUCACAGAUUUUACAAAUAAUAAUGGUUAUAUUAAUGUUUUUGAUUUUAUUAAGUCGACCGAUGAUUUAUCAAACCUUGAAUGUUUGAUUUCACCUAUUGAAGAAAUUGUUUCCAAUUUUGAAGAAGGUUUAACCAGAUUCAAUGACGUUAAUGUAAUUACAUGGGAUUAUAAGUUCAAUUUGUUGACAGCAUAUGUUACCUUAUUGGAAUCGUCUGAUCUUACUGGAGCUCUGCUUAUUGAAUUACUACCGCGUUUUAUCACUUUGACCCAAGAAUUAAUCAGGUCUCAAUUGAAUGAAUUGGAGGAGAAUAGGCAACUAUUCGAAGCAGAUAAUUCAGACGCUGAUUCCACUGGAUUUCAACAAUUAUCACCAACUGAUAAGCCCCCUUCAAGAGAUGGAUCUGGUGUAAGAACUAACCUUUUAGAAAAUGAUACAGAGAUAAUGGAGGUAUCAGACCAAAUAACGACAACAACGAUUCAAGAGGUAUUCGUAAAUGCGUAUAAAUUCGCCGAAACAGUUUUAGAAACGAUAUUACAAAAUGCAAGUAAUACAAUCAACGAAAUACAGAAAAACUAUAUUUUAGAUACCGUAUUGAAGUUCUGUUCUCAACUAGACGAUAUGAUAACCACCACGAAUCUUUUCACUUAUUUUACGAACGAUAAUAGUUUAGAAUUGUCAGAACUGGAAGCAACGAAAUUAGGAAUCAAGGGGAUUACUUACAUUUUACAAAAUGAUCUAUCAUUAUUGGAGGAAUUGUUAUCUAGUACCACCCAAGUUGCAAGAGACCAAGGGUCCCUGUUAUCAGUUAAGAUAGAUGUAUUACAACUAGCAAUUUCCACAAUCAAUGAACAAGAACUUUCUAUUAAAUGGAAACUAUCGACUGCUUUAAGCAAGUUACUAAACGAAAAUAAGGGUAUUCUAUCAGAAAAACGUUCUAAGCUGACAGCAUCGAUGGCGCAUGGGGAUGAAUUAAGUCAAACUGUUUUCCAAUUAUGUUUGAUCUUAAACACAUCAGCUGAUAAUGAAAUGAGUAGAUGGUCAAUAAAGAAGAAUAUAAUGUUACAAGAAAAUCAACAUAAUGAGAACGGUAAUAGAACCUUAGAAAUUCUCAAGAAAAAUGCAAGGACGUUAUUAACUAAUUCGACGAAUAUGUCGCAAAUUCAAUGUGGAUUACAAGAAACAAUCAUAGACAAGAUCAAGCGAAAUUAUAUAUAUCAACAAAGCACUCUCCGAAUCAAUGACCUAGAAAGCGGCGAUGGCACGGAGUACAUUAAUAACUGGCUGCAAUGA